AUAUUACAAUAGUAAAAAAAAUUAUUUGUUUUCAGUCACACUUUUAACACCUUGACGUUCGAACCUUAAAAAUUAUCAUGCGGAUUAUUUGGCCGUUGUUUUUUAUGGUUUUUGUAUUUGUCGUUUGUUUCUCGAGUACAGCAUCCAAAGAGCUAAGUCAUAUAAGUCUCGAAAACAGUGGAUACCUGCACGACCAAUCAAUUUCUGUAGACGAUGAGGAAAACUUGCACAUUAAUGGUGCAUUGGAACAGACAUUUUUAUCCACAUCGAAUGGCAAUGAUUUUAUUGUACGAACAUCAUUGGAAUAUAUGGCCGAUAAACUCGGUUUCAGAGUAAAAUACAGAUAUACAAAUGAAGGCGGAUUUUUAGAUCCUCUAUUGAGUGGAGUUUCUCUAAAGUCGUUGGUUGGGUAGUUUUAUAGCAGAUUAAUGGAUUUAUUAAAGUUUCGAAUAAAUAAGAACAUAUUCUCUUACAAAGUGAUUGAGUUAGAAAACUCGAUCUUAGUUUCAUAAUAAUAUUACGAUGUAACAAGUGAAAGACCUGUAAGUUCGGCGGACUGAU